AAAACGGUGGAAUCGGUAAAUCUAUACAUAUGUCCACGGCGGCGCCUCUGUUCGUCUCAAGGCGGAGCUAAAGGACGAAUCUUUCAACAUGUCGGGUCGAUUACUGAAGAAAUUUCUUGAAGAAAAGGAAGCUAUUAGACUGAAUGAACUAAAGAAUUCGGCUGAUUCCGGAAUCCAAGACGAUGAUAACAUAUCCAAUGACCCACCCGAAUCCCCAAUUACUUCCAAUCGGAAGAUUAACCCGUUCGAUCUUCUUGAAAACGAAGACAAUGAUGACGAUGAUCAGGAAGAAGAAUCUACAGUUAGUGAAUCUGCAGGGGAUACAGAAUUCAAAGGAUCUUCUAAAGCUUCUGUGAAGUCAGUGCCACCAACCAAUAACAAAGCAAAGAAAAAGAAGAAGAAAAAGAACAAAGGAGAUACCCAUUCAAAUAAUGAUCGUAAAGAAGAAAAACCUGUUGAGGUGAUUUUAGCAGAAAUAUCUUUAAUGGAGAAUGCUUCUUCUCGUGGAUCUGAUACUCUAAACGUGAAGUCGUCUAGUUCAGUACAUAAUGGCCUGGUGAAAAAAUGCAAGCAGUCCGUCCUACAAAUUGACCCUAAAUUUCUAAGUGCAGAAAAUGAGUUAAAAAGGAUAUUUGGAACCAAGGUGGUGAAUUCAUUUCAGACUGGAAGUUCUAGACAAAGUCAUGGAAGUGGUAUGAGAGGAGGCCAUCCUUUGCGGAAAACUAUUCUUGUGACUCCGUCUGCUUAUUGGCAACGAUGGGAUGGAUAUCUGGAGAUGGAACUUCUGGAAACAAGGGAUGAAAAACACUAUUUCAGGUAUGUAUAUUCAUCUGCUUAUGAACAAGCUCAGAGCAUCUUUGAAGCUAACAAGGCAAAUCAUGAUGUCCAAGGGAUAGCAAACAUUGUAGCCCUUCAACCUUAUCAUUUGGAUUCACUGAUAACAAUGGCAGAAUAUUUCCGGUUCUCAGGAGAACAGCAAAUGGCAUCAGAUCUUUUAGCAAAGUGCCUAUACGCACUAGAAUGCGCAUGGCACCCAAUGUUCAGUCCUUUACGUGGAAACUGCCAAUUGAAAUACAAUCACAAAACCAACAAGCCAUUUUACGUAACCCUUUUCACUCACAUGAGGAAUAUGGAUAAACGCGGAUGCCAUCGAUCCGCUCUCGAAAUUUGCAAACUAAUGCUUUCGCUAGAUUCUGACGAUCCGAUGGGGACAAUUUUCUGUAUUGACUAUUUCGCCCUUAGGGCGGAGGAAUACACAUGGCUUGAGCAGUUCUCUGAGGAGUAUGGAGAUGACAACUCGUUAUGGCUAUUUCCAAACUUUUCAUAUUCUCUUGCUAUUUCCCGGUUUUAUCUUGAAAGUCAAUCUAGCUCGGUUGAGUCUGCAAAAGCAACUUCAGCUGAUCUUAUGUACCAAGCUUUGAUGCUUCAUCCUCUUGUAGUGAAAAAGUUAGUUGCUAAGGUUCCUUUGAAAGAUCGAGCUUGGGAUAACAUAUUGAAGAAUAACUUCUUCAAGUCAGAUCGUUCGGGUAACCCAACUCUCGAUCAUUUGAUUAAUAUAUAUGUUGAACGGAGUUACAUCAUUUGGAGGUUACCCGACUUACAGAAACUACUGAGGGACUCGGCAUUGCGAUUAAUUGAUAUGUUGGAAUCGGGAAAAAAUGACGCUCAAGAUUGGGCUUGUAUAAGGCAAGAAGCAUUCUCCUCAGACAAAAACAUGUAUUCUCACUUGUUGGUAUCGGAUUUCUCUGAAACGAUUGCUACUAUGCCACCUGAGGAGAUUCAAAACCUCGUUCAUCCGAGGGUCAUGGGGGAUCCUCAAAUUCUCGAGCAUGUUGGUAAUAUACCAAAUAACGUACCUGCCCCUCGUGACGUUACUGAUAGAAAUCCACUGGCAGUGUUAUUGGAGUCUAUGCUACCAUGGGUUGAUUAUGGAAGAAAUGGAGAUGGCGAGGAUCCUAUGAACAAUCAUGCACCAAACGCCGAAGAUUAGAUUUAUCGAGAAACUGUCAUUUACU